AUGAUCAGCUCCGUGUGCGUUUCGACUUACCGAGGGCGCAAGUCUGGAAACAAACCUCCGUCCAAAUCAUGUCUGAAGGAGGAGAUGGCCAGAGGCGAGGACUCGGACAAAAUUAUCAUUAACGUCGGCGGCACGCGACAUGAGACCUACAAGAGCACCCUGAGGACGCUGCCGGGGACGCGCCUGGCGUGGCUGGCCGAACCCGACUCGCAGGGCAGCACCGACUCGGACGCGGAGCCCCCGAGCGCCACCGAGUUCUUCUUCGACCGACACCCGGGCAUCUUCGCCUACGUGCUGAACUACUACCGGACCGGCAAGCUGCACUGCCCGGCGGACGUGUGCGGGCCCCUGUUCGAGGAGGAGCUCGCCUUCUGGGGGAUCGACGAGACGGACGUGGAGCCGUGCUGCUGGAUGACCUACCGGCAGCACCGGGACGCAGAGGAGGCCCUGGAGAUCUUCGAACCGCCGGACCCGGAGGACACUGACGACGACAAGGAGACACCGAGGCGGUUCGGCAUCGAGGACUGCAGCGACAGGUCCAGGGGCUGCUGCGAAGUUUGCCGGCCCAAAGUCUGGGCCCUGUUCGACGACCCUUACUCAUCCAAAGCAGCCAGGGGCGUGGCACUCAUCUCUCUCUUCUUCAUCCUGGUGUCAAUCACCACCUUCUGCCUGGAGACUCACGAGGCCUUCAACGAAUUAAAAAAUGUUACGGAGCAAGUUUCCAUUGGCAACGUAACACAAGACGUUGAGAGGAGUGAGAUGGUAACUAACCCCAUCCUGUUCAUGGUGGAAGGCGUGUGUGUGGUGUGGUUCACCUUUGAGUUCUUGGUGCGCAUCGUCUGCUGCCCGGACAAAGUGGUCUUCAUCAAAAACACACUCAACAUCAUUGACUUUGUGGCCAUUCUGCCGUUCUACCUGGAGAUGUGCUUGAGCGGUUUGACAUCCAAAGCUGCCAGCAACGUGCUUGGGUUUCUCCGCGUGGUGCGGUUUGUGAGGAUCCUUCGGAUCUUCAAGCUGACACGCCACUUCGUGGGCUUGCGUGUCCUGGGCCACACGCUGAGGGCCAGUGUCAACGAGUUCCUUCUGCUCAUUAUCUUCUUGGCCCUCGGAGUGCUCAUCUUUGCCACCAUGAUUUACUACGCUGAGCGCAUCGGAGCUGACCCCUCUGACCCCACUUUGUCCAACCAUACGCACUUCAAGAACAUCCCCAUCAGCUUCUGGUGGGCAGUGGUCACCAUGACGACGCUGGGUUAUGGGGACAUGUAUCCACAAACAUGGCUGGGCAUGAUGGUGGGGGCGCUGUGCGCACUGGCUGGUGUGCUGACCAUCGCCAUGCCCGUUCCUGUCAUCGUCAAUAACUUCGGCAUGUACUACUCACUGGCUAUGGCAAAGCAGAAGCUGCCCAAGAAAAAGAAGAAGCACACGCAGAACCCGGACGCCCCGACCGACUCGGCCUCAUUUGUCAAAUCGGAAACAAACUCGCACAUAGACAGCACUCAGAGCGACACGUGUCCGCUGGCUGCUGAGGAGAGUGUCGUCAGGAAUCGCUCAGACUCCAAGCAGAAUGGGGAUGCAAAUGUGGCCCUUUUAGAUGAAGAAGGCUGCAGUCUGACCCAGCCACUGUCCCCCAGUGAGAAGUGGUCCCUUAGGUGCUCCCGAGGGCGAGGCAAGAAUAAGAAAGACGCCACCUGCUUCCUCUUAACAUCUGGAGAUCCCAACAUCAACGUUGAACCUUUGUGUUUCCUAACAGAAAGUUGUAAAGACAUCCUCAGCACCUCUGGAAACUUUUCUCCGCCGGAGGUCACCACCCUUACCUGA